CUCUACCUUUCAAACAAAUAAAUAAAUAAAUCUUUUUUUAAAAAAACCAAAAUGCCAAAAAGCCUUUUCAGUCGGGUGUUGGCUGGCUCUUCAGACAUGUCUGGUGGCUCUGUGGACCACAACAGAGAACAUGGCGGUGCGGAGGGGAUGGACCCCCGACAUUGUUAUCCAGAUCUAUGAGGAUGAGAUUGUGGAUAACUUUGAGGCCAUGAAUUUCAAGGAGUCUCUUCUUCGUAGCAUCUAUGCUUAUGACCUUGAGAAGCCUUUAGCUGUUCAGCAAAGAGCUAUUAUUCCUUGCAUUAAAGAUCCAGAAGGUAAUUCUGGUGCUUGGAGACUAUAUUGGAGCAUUGCGUUAGUGGAACAAAUGUCCGAAACGAAAUGCAAAAAUUGCAGGCAGAAGCACCAUGUACUGUUGUUGGUACACAAUGGAGAGUAUUUGACAUGUUACACAGAAGAUAUCUGUCUCCAAAAUGGAUCAUAGUGUUUGUUUGGGA